UUUUUCUGCAAGUCCAGUCUACUGUGUUUUUCUUCCUAGUCAAAACACACCCAUUCCAAGUUUCCCACCAUUAACACACCAUCCAAGUAUCCAACUCCCCUUCAAAAUCCCAAUUCCCCCUUCUCUGUUUUCUCUGCUCCUUAACUCUUUAAGCCUUCCCCUGUCCUUCUGUUACUCCCUUCAAAAACGUGGAGUAGGAGAAGCUCAUCCAAGCGAAUAUGGUCAGGUAUGCGCAUGUCUCACCACUUCUCUGCUUCUUCUUCUCCUUUACUUUCAUUCUUUUGUUCUUCAUUCCUGUGGUACUGUCUCAACUCCCUCAAACCCAGAAGGACGCCAUGAAAAAGCUCUCUACUUAUCUUAACGAAAGUAACUCAAAUCCAUGUUCAUGGAAAGGAGUCACUUGCAGCGACAACGGUCGAUCCAUCAUCCGUCUCUCUUUUCCCUCUUCGAGACUCUCUCAGUCUGAUUUUCUUACUGAUUUGUGCCAAAUUGAUACUUUAGAGUACCUUGAUUUCUCCAUAAAUUCUUUGACAACCAUCCCUAGUGAUUUCAUCAGAGACUGUAGACGGAUUAAUGGGCUCAAUCACUUGAAUUUCAGUCAGAACAGAUUGUCUGGUCCUUUGCCUAAUUUUAGUGGUUUUGGUGGGUUACAGUACUUGGACUUGUCCUAUAAUUCAUUAGCUGGAAGUAUUGAUUCUCAAUUAAAUGGGCCAGUUGGAAUCAGAAGCUUGAAUCUUAGCUUCAACCAGUUCAAUGGUUCAAUCCCUACCCAACUUGGUAAAGCCAUGGUUUUGGAAGAGUUGCAGCUCAAGAACAACCAUUUUAGAGGUCAAAUCCCUGAAGAGCUUAUGAAUUACAAAUCUCUAGCUCUGAUUGAUCUCAGUAGUAAUAUACUUUCUGGGCCUGUUUCCGAUAGGAUAGGACAACUCUCCAAGUUGAAGAUCCUUAUUCUGUCAGCCAAUCAUCUUAGUGGAGGAAUUCCUGAGAGUCUUUCAAGUAUUAAGACACUCUCUCGGUUUGCUGCUUAUCAGAAUAGCUUUUCUGGCAUAAUUCCUUCUGGGAUUUCAAGAUAUCUGGGGAUUUUGGACCUUAGUUACAACAAGUUAAGCGGUUCAAUCCCAUCAGACCUUCUGUCAUCAUCAACUUUGCAGUCUAUUGAUCUGUCUUAUAAUUCAUUGGAAGGGCCGAUUCCUUCCAACUUUUCGCAGAGCUUGAUUAGGUUAAGACUUGGGUUCAAUUCUCUUAAUGGUACAAUCACUUCUCUGGCCAAUGAAACGCUUUCAAAUUUGACUUAUCUCGAGCUCAAUAACAAUAGAUUCACCGGGUCUGUUCCUCCACAAGUAGGAACCUUUCAGAGUUUAGCUCUGUUGAAUCUUGCUGAGAAUGAGUUCUAUGGUCCAUUAACGAAAGAGUUGGGAAAUCUUAAUCAACUUCAGGUUAUGAAGCUCCAAUCCAACAGGUUUACAGGAGAAAUUCCUCCACAAUAUUCACAACUACGGAAGCUGUCUAUACUGAAUAUCAGCAGGAAUUCAUUGACCAGCUCGAUCCCUUCUGAAAUAUCCAGCUUAGGGAAUCUCACAAUACUCGAUUUACGUGAUAACAGAUUUGGUGGUUCAAUACCCGAUUCAAUUGGGAACAUGAAGUCGCUGAUAGAACUCCAGCUGGGAAACAACAAAUUGAGUGGGAGGAUUCCUAGUAUGCCUAGUAACUUGCAGAUUGCUCUCAACCUCAGUAGGAACCUCUUUGCUGGGCAUAUCCCAGACACUCUGAGUGGGUUGAAUGCUUUAGAGGUUUUGGAUCUCUCAAACAAUGACUUCACUGGUAAAAUCCCAGAGUUUCUAACUACAAUGCAAAGCCUUACAGUACUGUUGCUUUCCAACAAUCCAUUAUCAGGUACUCGUCCGCGCUUCAACCAACCAGGGAUUGUCAUUGAUACCAGUGGAACUAACGUCGUAAAAAUAAACACUACGACAUCUGGUGCAACUCCUACUUCAUCAAAGAAGAGAAAUUCAGUUUUGGUGUCAGUUGUAGUUGCAGUUGCUGCUGUAGUUGCUUUACUGAUAACUGAAAAUGUGUAUGUCUUCUGUGAGAGUGCAAAUCUGAGUUCCAUAGAGUCAGAGAUGCAUAAACCAUUAUAUCUGAGAAAAUGA